CAGGCAUUAACUGGCAGUUCUGAGGGCUGCAGGCAUGUUUCUGAGAUUAUCUGUUCACCAUCCCAUCCUCACUUUAGCCCUGUCAAUCAUUUUGACUACCAGCAACUCUGUUCAGAAUAUGGUUGAGGGGGAGGAGUCAGUCAUCGAGAGGCGUGGCUUUUCAGUGAUCUGGAACAUACCUACAGCUUGGUGUCAGCAUCGAUACGGGGUCUCCCUGCCACUGCGCGAGUUCAACAUCAUACAUAACUCAAAGCAGAGAUUUCAGGGUCAGAAUAUGAGCAUAUUUUAUCAGCGUCAUCUGGGCCUUUACCCCUACAUCAACCAUCAGGGCUCAAAGAUCAAUGGUGGCCUGCCUCAACUAGGAAUCCUGAAUGCUCACCUCUCAUUGGCCAAGGUGCAGAUCAAUGAGGUAUUGAGAAAGACAUUCAGCGGAUUAGCCGUGCUAGAUUGGGAAGAAUGGCAGCCUGUAUGGAUGUGGAACUUUGGUACCAGAAUCGUAUAUAGGAAAUUUUCAAAAAAGCUGGUUAGGUGGAAACAUCCAGAUAUGUCAGAAGAGGAAGUGCAAUCUGAGGCGAAAGCAGAGUUUGAAUUAACGGCAAGAGCAUUUAUGGAAGAGACCCUACGCCUAGGUGUUCGCCUACGCCCCGAGGGAUUAUGGGGGUUUUAUGGAUUUCCCAGUUGCUAUAACAAUCGUGGCCAAGGACAGAGUGGAUACACGGGGCAGUGCCACAAUGGAACAGAGACACUGAAUGAUAAACUGGCAUUUUUGUGGCAACACUCCACUGCUUUGUAUCCCAGCAUUUAUUUGUGGCGUAAGAUGGCAGGACACACACACGCUCAACUCAUGGUGAGACACCGUGUACUUGAGGCUCUCCGAGUGGCAUCCCAGCAUUCACCUGGCACUGAAGCACUUCCUGUUUUUCCCUACACCAGAUUGGCAUUCACACACACAUUGGAAUUUCUUAAUCGGACGGAUUUGGAGCACACACUAGGUGAGAGUGCUGCUUUAGGUGCCACUGGAGUUGUGUUAUGGGGCGAGCUGAGUUUUGCCAAGUCUAAGCGGCAGUGCGAUCUCUUGCGUGAUUACAUCAGCUCAGAAUUGGGAGAAUAUGUGGCCUCCCUGCAGGCCGGUGUCAGGAACUGCAGUGAAAGAAUGUGUAACGGCCAGGGACGGUGCGCUCGACGGGUCCCUCACUCAGGUUACAUGAUCCCUCUACAUGGUACCCAUGAAGUUCCUCCUCUCAGUGACAUGAGGUCAAAGUUUAAGUGUAUCUGCUUUAAAGGAUGGAGUGGAGAACACUGUGAGCAAAGAAAUUCCUAAGAAAGUAUUUGCUGUUCUGAAUUUCCAUAUUAUUAUAAACCACACACAUAAUAACAAUGACUUUGAUUCAUCCAACAA